UUUGAGACCUGACGCGAGAGAAAGACACUUCGAGAAAGCGGGAGGGAAUUGAAGGAUUUGCCUCCCCGCCCCCUUCCCUAGGUGGCCGAGAGAUCGCGCUGGCUGGAAGGGCGCAGCCCCUCGCCCGGCGCUCACUCAGCAGUCAGGGAGGCGAGAAAGCGGCCCCCGAGGCGGAGCCUCCGUCCUGCCCCCGGGUAUCGCUGCCCCCACCUGGGGGAGAGAGGCGGGCGCCGCGCUGCCCUCCCUCUCCGCCCCCGCCGCGUGGCUUGCGGCUUAUUUUCCCAGCUGGCAAGCGUCGCGCUGCAGACAAGGGAAUGCCUGUGGUCCUGCGUGCUCCAGAACUCGGGGGCCCCCUGAUCCCGUCAAGCCCCCUCCAGGAUCGGAAGGGUUAAGAAUGAUGAGGAAGAAGAGGAAGCGAGGUGCGUCCCACGGUCCAUGCCGCGGCCACAGCCACGAGCCCGACACGGCGCCCGCGCCGCCGCCCUCGCCGGAGCUCACGAGACCUGCAUGGACGGGCAUGGGCUUGAGAGCAGCACCUUCCUGCGCCGCUGCCGCCGCCUCCGCUGCUGCCGCCGGGGCUGAGCAGCGCCGCCGACCCCAACUCUGCCCGCCGCCCCUGGCGUUGCUGCUGCUGCUGCUGCUCAGCCUCGGGCUGCUCCACGCAGGUGACUGCCAACAGCCGGCCCAGUGUCGAAUCCAGAAAUGUACCACGGACUUUGUGUCUCUAACUUCACACCUGAACUCUGCUGUUGACGGUUUUGACUCGGAGUUUUGCAAGGCUCUGCGCGCCUAUGCUGGCUGCACCCAGCGGACUUCAAAAGCCUGCCGUGGUAACCUGGUGUACCAUUCUGCUGUGCUGGGUAUCAGUGACCUCAUGAGCCAGAGGAACUGUUCUAAGGAUGGACCCACAUCUUCUACCAACCCUGAAGUGACCCAUGACCCUUGUAACUAUCACAGCCACGCAGGAGCCAGAGAACACAGGGGAGGGGAUCUGAACCCUCCUAGUUACCUUUUUUGUGGCUUGUUUGGAGAUCCUCACCUUAGAACUUUCAAGGAUCACUUUCAGACGUGCAAAGUGGAAGGAGCCUGGCCACUCAUAGAUAAUAAUUAUCUUUCAGUUCAAGUGACGAAUGUGCCUGUGGUCCCUGGAUCCAGUGCUACCGCUACAAAUAAGAUAACCAUCAUCUUCAAAGCUCACCGGGAGUGUACAGAGCAGAAAGUGUACCAAGCUGUGACCGAUGACCUGCCAGCGGCCUUUGUGGAUGGCAGCACCAGCGGCGGGGCUGGCGACCCCAGGAGCCUGCUGAUCGUGGAGAGGGAGAGUGGCCGCUCUGUGGAGAUGCACGCCCGCUACAUCGGGACCACGGUGUUCGUGCGGCAGCUGGGCCGCUACCUGACGCUCGCCAUCCGCAUGCCCGAGGCCCUGGCCAUGUCCUACGAGGAAAGCCAGGACUUGCAGCUGUGUGUCAACGGCUGCCCCCUGAGCGAGCGCAUCGAUGACGGGCAGGGCCAGGUGUCUGCCAUCCUGGGGCCCAGCGCGCCUCGCACCUCUCUGGCACCAGCCUGGCCGGGCUACACCCUGGAGGCUGCCAGUGCUCAGUGCCACGAGAGGAUGCCCGUGAAGGACAUCUAUUUCCAGUCCUGCGUCUUCGACCUGCUCACCACUGGGGACGCCAACUUCACAGCCGCUGCGCACAGUGCCUUGGGGGACGUGGAGGCUCUGCACCCGCGCCGCGAGCGCUGGCACAUUUUCCCCAGCGGCAGCCGGGGGGUGCCCCACGGAGGCAGCCCCGGGGCUGUCGCUCUCGGACUCCCAUGCUUGAUCCUCGUUGUGUUUUUGUAGGGGGCGUCUUGUGUUUUUUUUAUUUCUUGUCUAUAACAGAAUUUUAAAAUAUAUAUUGUCAUAAUAUAUUGAGUAAGAGAGUGUGUGUGUGUAUAUAUAUAUAUAUAUACACACACACACCAUGUAUAUGACAGGGUGUGUGUCCGGGGACCCCCACCAGAGUGUACAUAUUGUGUUCGACUGUCUUCGUGGAUGUUGGAUGUAGUGUUCUUUGUAUGGAUUUUUGUUUUGCCGUUUUGUGAAAUAUUUUAUAACGUCCCUGCCUGGGGACCUGUUAGAAAGCACUUUAUUUUUUAUAUAUUAAAUAUUUAUGUGUGUACCUGGU